ACAAAGUCCGUUGGCAAUCCGGCCGAUUUCCCCGUUGCUUGCGCCAUGCAGAGAUCACCCAACUGAUCAAACACAACGAAUGAUAGGUGUCAUCUGAGGAAGAACCGAACACGCCGCCAUCGUCGUCGCAGGAUCCGCAUGCAUCGCGACACAGCGUGGUCAAGGAGGAGGAGGCGAUGGCCCUGACGAGGCGCCUCCUGAUCGAUCUCUCGUCAAGACGCCGCCUUUUCGCCUCACACGCCGGUAAGCUGUCGUCGGGGCAGAAGAGGAGGUCCAUCGCCGGCGUGCUCCGUGAAGCGGCGAGCUUGGCUGGUUUCUUGCGCUGCUCGGUGUCGUGGAUGGUGGCGGAGAGGAAGAUGCAGCCUCUGCCGCCGCCGGAGCACCGGAGGGUGCUGCGCUACGUGGUGUUCGUCGCGGUCUCCCUCGUCGCCUUCUCCUGCUGGGCUCUCGUCAGCUCGCGGAUCGACAGCGCCGUCUUGGCGGCGACCGGCGGCGUUGGCGUGGGGCCGCUGCUCACCGGCGAGGAUGGUGGUGGUACUGGUAGCAGCAGCAGCAGCCGCCGCCACGGGGAUGGCGGUGAUCAACGGCAUCAUGUGACGUCGAGGCAGGCAGAGAUGGUGGCGAGCAGCGGCAACGCGACGGUGCGCGCCGUCGAGGUGGGUGGCCCGGAGAUGAUCCGGCCGCCGUCGGGAGGAGCAGGAGGAGAGGAAGAGAGGGUGUGCGACGCGGAGAAUGCGCAGCUGAGGGUGUACGUCUACGACCUCCCGCCGGAGUUCCACUUCGGCAUGCUGGGGUGGGACAGCAAGAAGGCCGGGACCGGCGGCGGCGCGUGGCCGGACGUCGCCGACGCCCGCGCCGUGCCGCGCUACCCGGGCGGCCUGAACCUGCAGCACAGCGUGGAGUACUGGCUCACGCUGGACAUCCUCUCCUCCACCUUCCCCACCACCACCGGCCACCGCCGUCCGUGCACCGCCGUGAGGGUGACCAACGCGAGCCUCGCCGACGUCUUCUUCGUGCCGUUCUUCGCGUCGCUGAGCUACAACCGGCAGUCGAAGCUCCACGGCCACGGGAGCGGGAGGGCGGCGGCGGCGACGAACAGGCUCCUGCAGGCCGAGCUGGUGAAGUACCUUGCGAGGAAGGAGGAGUGGCGGCGGUGGGGCGGCGCGAACCACCUCGUCGUGCCGCACCACCCCAACAGCAUGAUGGACGCCCGGCGGCGGCUCAGCGCCGCCAUGUUCGUCCUCUCCGACUUCGGCAGGUACCCGCCGGACGUCGCCAACCUGAGGAAGGACGUGAUCGCGCCCUACAAGCACGUGGUCCCCUCCCUCGGCGACGGCGACUCGCCGGGGUUCCACCAACGCCCCGUCCUGGCUUACUUCCAAGGCGCGAUUCACAGGAAAGGCGGUGGAAGGGUCCGUCAGAGGCUGUACCAUCUGAUCAAGGACGAGAAGGACGUGCACUUCGCCUACGGGAGCGUCCGGCAGAACGGCAUCCGGCGCGCCACCCGCGGGAUGGCCGCCUCCAAGUUCUGCCUCACCAUCGCCGGCGACACGCCGUCGUCGAACCGCCUCUUCGACGCCAUCGCCAGCCACUGCGUGCCCGUCGUCGUCAGCGACGACAUCGAGCUCCCCUUCGAGGACGUCCUCGACUACUCCGAGUUCUGCGUCUUCGUCCGCGCCGCCGACGCCGUCCGGGACGGCUUCCUGCUCCGCCUCCUCAGGGGCGUCGGCGAGGGCGAGUGGACGGCGAUGUGGCGGCGCCUCAGGGAGGUCGCCCGCCACUUCGAGUACCAGCACCCCUCGCGCCCGGGCGACGCCGUCGACAUGAUCUGGGCCGCCGUCGCCCGCAAGAUGCACUCCGUGAAGCUGCAGCUUCACAAGCGUGGCAGGUAUCAGAGAACACUUUCUGUGAAUCAUCAAGGUUAGGAGGGUAACAUGGGGUAGUAGCUUGCUGUUGCAGUUCUUAGAUGAUCAAUAAGCCAGCCUACUUGUUACUGGUGAAGUUUUCUGUUCAUUUUUGCAAUGUAGGUUGCAAAAAAGUUAUGUGCAGUUAAGUCUGUGUCUGAGAGAUAAUUAGUUAUUAGUUUUGUAACUCCUAUUAGUUCUUUUCUUUCAUCCACAAAGAGAGGAGAUAAGAUUUGAGAGAAAA